UUUUACGAUCCUGAAGUCGGAAGUUAUUACUACGGACCAGGGCAUCCUAUGAAACCACAACGCGUACGCAUGACGCACGCUUUGUUGAAGGGUUAUGAGCUUUACCGGCUUAUGGAUGUUAUAAAACCACACCGAGCUUCUGAAACGGAGAUUUCUUAUUUUCACGAUACCGAUUACGUUAAUUUUCUGUCAGUAGUAACAGCUGAAAAUGCUAGAGAGUUCUUAAGCCAUACAAAACGUUUCAACGUUGGUGAUCAAACUGAUUGUCCUAUUUUCCCCGGGCUUUUUGAGUUUCAGCAAUCUUGUGCUGGAGCUUCGAUAGAUGCUGCAGCUAGAUUGAAUACUGGGAAAGCCGAUAUAUGUAUAAACUGGUCUGGAGGCUUACAUCACGCUAAAAGAGCUGAAGCAUCCGGAUUUUGCUAUAUAAAUGAUAUUGUAUUAUCUAUAUUGGAAUUAUUAAAGUAUCAUCCGCGCGUAAUGUAUAUAGAUAUUGAUAUUCACCAUGGAGAUGGUGUUGAAGAAGCCUUUUAUACUACGCAUAGAGUAAUGACGGUAUCAUUUCAUAAGUUUGGGGAUUUUUUUCCGGGUACAGGAGAUAUAACUGACGUUGGUACUGCAAGUGGCAAGUAUUACGCAGUAAAUAUUCCUUUAAAUGACGGAAUUCAAGAUCAACAAUUUUUAGAUUUGUUCAAACCAAUCAUAUCCAAAGCUGUUGAAGUUUAUCGUCCUAGUGCAAUUGUAAUGCAAUGUGGUGCUGAUUCAGUCUAUGGUGAUCGUUUAGGAAAAUUUUCUUUGAGUAUAAAAGGUCACGCAGAAUGCGUUGCUCAUGUACAGUCAUUUAACAUUCCUCUACUUAUUUUGGGAGGUGGAGGUUAUACUAUUCGAAAUGUCGCUCGUACAUGGGCGUAUGAAACUGCCGUUAUUCUUAAACAAAAUGUUCCAAAUACUCUUCCAUUCAAUGACUAUUAUGAUUAUUACGGUCCAGAGUAUUUGCUGCAUCUACCGGUCCCUCAUCAAACUAAUUUAAACUCUAAAGAACAUUUGGACUCUAUACGUACAAGAGUUCUCGAAAAUCUUUCUCGUUUACAACAUGCACCUGGCGUUGAAUUUUCUUAUGUUCCACCUAAUUUUUUUCAACCAUCACAUGAUCCAGAUGAAUAUGCGCAAAAUCAUGUUGAUUUCGAAGGUGGUGGAAAAGCUGCCGACAUGUCACGUAAAAAGAGAGCAGUGUCUAAAUUGAGUCGAACUAAAAGCGGCUCAUACCAAAACAUUCAUCUUGUGCGAAAAUCUGAUCAUGCUUUAGAAUUUUACGAUGAAAAACCAAAUCAACUUGAAGCGGAGCAUUUAGAUAUCGAACCUGGAGUCGCUCUUACGGAUGAUGCUAAUAAUCAAAAAUUUGAUGAAUUCAGUGAAUGA